AUGUCCCGCACACAGGUAGACCAGUUCAUCGACGAUGAGGAAGAGGAGCUCUGCCCCCUCUGCGUUGAGGAGUUCGAUCUCUCCGACAAGAACUUCAAGCCUUGCCCAUGCGGCUACCAGAUAUGCCAGUUCUGCUACAACAAUAUCAAGACCACCAUGAACGGCCUCUGUCCCGCAUGCCGCCGGCCGUACGACGAGAAGAGCAUAGAGUGGAAGGUCAUCAGUCCGGAAGAGAUGGCCAACUACAAAGCCGACCUCGCUCAACAAGCCAAGAAGAAGGCCGCUGCUCGCCAAAAAGAGGCGCAGAAGCGCGAAGCCGAUUCGUUAAGCCGUAAACAUCUCGCCGGCCUGCGCGUUGUCCAGAAAAACCUCGUCUACGUUACCGGUCUCAACCCCACGACCAGAGAGGAUAAACUCCUUGAGACACUUCGCGGAGACCAGUAUUUUGGACAAUAUGGCAAGAUCAUCAAAAUUGUUGUGAGCAAGGCGAAGGACACGUCGCACCCACAACAGUCUGUCGGGGUCUACGUCACAUUUGCUAAGAAGGAGGACGCCGCCACUUGUAUCGCGGCUGUAGAUGGCUCGGUCAAUGGCGACAGAGUCUUGAGGGCCCAAUACGGAACCACCAAGUACUGCUCCGCCUACCUUCGCAACGAGCAAUGCAAUAAUCGCAAUUGCAUGUUCCUCCAUGAGCCGGGCGAGGAAAGCGAUAGCUUCACGCGACAGGACCUCUCGUCGAUGAACGUAAUAUCGACCCAGAAUCCCAACCAGGCCCGCCCGUCAUCUUCCGUGCAACCCCACCCUCAACCUCCGCCACAACAUGCGCCGCAAUCCGUGGCCGCUGCGUCUCAACCCAUGAAGAGGCAGGAAAGCCACGAUGGAUCGAACGGUUCCCAGGACGGUCCUGCAUUACCCUCGCACGCAAGUUGGGCCAACAAGCCUCCGCCAGCUGCUCGCCAUACCCCCCAACCGACAAGUACAGCCGCAGCAAGCCCGAAGGUUGCCAGCCCGGCUCUCGCCCCCGCUGCUAAGCCGGAAGAACCUAAGCCAAAGAAGGCUGGUAAGGCCAAGGAGUCCACGCCCCCGCCCCCGGAAUCGCCAAAGGAAACGCCCGAAGAGCCGCCCGCGGAGCCGAAGCGUCCCAAGUCUUAUCUUGAUGAAAUCCUGAAGAACCUCUCUGGCACUGGAUUGGAAUUCGUGUUCUCGGCAACAGCAUUGAAAGACGAAGAGCUGCAGAUCAUCUCUAGUUUUCCUCCUCUGUUUGACAUGAAUGGUGGUGAGCGGAGAAAGGCCCUGAAAGAGAAGGAGGCGGAGGAAAGGCAGAGGUUGGAGGCAGAGACGCAAGCACUCCGGGAAGCUGCCUUGGCGCAACAAGAACAGGAGGAGGCCACCGGCGGAGGUAGCAUGCAACUUGGUGGCGAACCGGAGGAGCGGUCAGAUGUCGUUCACACACCACAGCAUGCGAUUCAAGCUCCUGGACAACAAUCCAUUGGUGGCUCAAGUCUUGGUCUGGAUCAAAACUUCGGCCUUUCCGAACAGAUGGCGAACCUGGGCCUGAACCGCGGCCUCACGACCCAGCAGCAACAGCAACUCCUGUUGCAGCAGUUCAAGUCGGCCAACACCCAAGCCAACAGCAACCUCUUCCAGAACGCUCAGGCUCAGGUGCAACCGGGCAUGCAGGGCAACGCUGCAGGCCAUGCUCGACACACGUCGCGCUUCACUUUCGCCAACGACGGCAACACGGCUUCGGCAAAUGUUAAGCCCGUUGCCAACGCCAAGCUCAUGAAUCAGCAAUCGUCGAUGAUGCCUCCCAACAGCCAUUUCAGCCAGCUCUCUCAGCACCAGCCUCUUGGCCAGCAAUUCUACAGCAGCAGCGUCCAGGGCCCACCUCCCGGCCUGAAGACGACUGGCACUCCUCCCAUCAGCGGUGGCGGCAUGUUCGGUCAGGGCCAUGGUUUCGCCACCAGUGGAGUGGGCUACGGUGCCAACGCCAUGGGCAGAAAUGCUCAGGAAGAUGCGAUGAGAGAGCUCCUUCGGGGUCGGGGUGGCAACGCUGGCGGCAGCCAGCUGCAUGAUACUGGCAAGCCCCCUGGCCUUCUGAACUUCCCCUAUGGACCUCAGCCUGGCGCAUACCAGGAGUCUGGUUCCCAGAAGCAGAAGAAGAAGGGGAAGAAGCACAGACAUGCUAACACUUCCUCCUCCGGAGGUGGUGUAGUUGAUGUUGCGGACCCGAGUAUUUUGCAGGCGAGGUUGCACCAGGGCGGAGCCAUGGUCGGUCAGGGACUGUACGCUGGGCAGGGUCAAGUAGGUGAACAAGAUCCUCUUUCAAGGAGCGUCGAUGCUCUCGUCGGUGAGGCGGACAUGCAGCCAAUGCACAUGGCCGACCUUUCAUAUCUCCUAGAGCAGCCUCGCCGUUCGACGCCAACAGUGCCCCCGGGCCUUUCUGCUCCCGUCAGCAGGACGGGAACUCCAUCCAGUGCAUCCAUACGUCCUCCUCCAGGCAUCCCAACUCCACAUGCAGCGACACCGCACGCAAUCACGCCGGCAGUCCCCGAUCUUCCUUUGCCGACAUCUCGGUCCGGCACGCCAGCGAGAAAGAGCACGAAGGAGUCUGAACGCAGUAAGGCAACCGAAGUCAGCACUGAAGCCUCCAAGACGCCAACCAUUACCAAGUCUGUCCCAGGUAAAGUAAACUCGGCGGUUGCCACUCCGAUCACGGCCAAAGCGGUUCCAGCAACGAAGGUCGAGACGCCCAAGGUUAACGACAAGGCCAAGACCAAAUCAAAACCUUUUGAUUUGGAACACUUGCCCGUUACACCGUCGAGGCCAGUGGAAGAGGUCCAGCCGUCUCCUGCCAGAACUAUUGCUCAGGUUGUUGCGUCGGAGCCAAAAGCUAGCAGCGUGCCGCCUUCGCCCCUGAGGGCAGAGCAAGUUAAGCCAGAAGCAAAGUCGACAAUGUCGAGUACCAAGCGACAGCAUCCCGGACCGCUGCAAAUUCCUAAGAAGGAGCCGCUGGGAUCGGAAAGUGUUGUUUCGGCUAGCGACGCUGCAAAGAACCCUCGUGCCAUGUCAAUUACUGCAGAGUCGAGCUCGCGUCCAGGAACGCCAACCGGUGCUCCUACGGGAUCUCCUUUGAAGCGAACAGGACCCCAGAUCAUGCGUAUCACGAACACACCUAAGACGGAGACGCCGCCCGCAGUCAGUGCAUCCUCUGCCCCAGCGACUGCCGCGAUUCCUCCCAGCGUGGUUAGCAUUCGGUCGAGGCAGCCUAGCGUCGCAUCGCUCAACCAGCCAGGAACUCCGUUGAGCGAGUUCGUGUCCGACAAUGCCUCGAUGACUUCUGCAUCCAUGUCACGCACCAACUCUCCCCCUCCCAGCAGCAGGGUUGGCUCAGCACCACAGCGAAUCAAGACCAAGAGCCAGGCCAAGAAGGAGAGGCAAGAGCGCGCUCGCCAGAUGACGGAAGUCGAACUGGGCCUCAAGGAGUCGCGCACUCCGAGCGAAGAGCCAGUCAUCGAGGGCAUCCAGACGCGCAAGAAGAAAGAGAAGAAGGCGAAGCCGGCCAAGGCGGCUAAGACGGCGGUUUCGACGCCUGCUGGGAGCCGAACGAACACGCCAGGACCGGCUGAGAAGGCACCCAUCCCGGAGCCCCAACCCGAGGCUCCCGCCGCACCCGCCGCCGAAAAGGAGGAGAAGAAAAAGAAGCCCACUGCUACUGCUGCGGAGAUCGUCGCGACUCCUGCUGCUGCUGCUGCUGCCCCAGCUCCCCCAGCUCCGCCGGCUGCCGCCGCCGCCGAGCAGCAGCCGGCCCCUACCACCACCCACACCCACACCAAGCCGUCACCUCCAGCCAUCACGCCAGCCGCCAUCAUCGCCAAGCUGCAGGCCUCGGGCGCCAUCACGCACGAGAAGCUCGAAAACAUGUUCAAGUCGUUCCCGCACGCGGGGCCCAACGAGCGCGCCAUGACGCUGGCCGACGUGCCCAACCGCGACCGCCAGUACGUGCUGUCGGACGAGGCCAUCCGCGCGGUGCUCGAGCGCCGCGAGGGCCCGCACCGCCUGGGCGGCGAGGACGGCCGCAUCUCGUCGCGUGUGCUCGUCACGCCCGAGGGCACCAUCCUGCGCGGCCUGUCGCGCGAGGAGGAGGACCGCUACCUCGAGCUCGAGGCGUCGUUGAGGAGGAAGGGGUCGGGGGCGGCUGGCGCUGCAGCAGGCCAGAGGUGGAAUCCGACCAAGGAGCCGUACUUUGAUCUGGAGCGCAUCGUACGGAAUCUGAAUGUGAGGUGUGUGGUGGAUAAGAGCAAUACUCUUCGCCAGACGCAGGCCGCGCUGCAGAAGGCGGCUCAGCAGGCGGCUGCGGCCGCAGGCGUCAAUACCAGCGGUGGUGGUGGUGCUGCUGGCGGCGCUGCGGCGGCUGCGGCUGCGGCGGCGAAGCUGUUCGAUGAGGCCGCCAACUACAACGACGAGUUCAUCAUGCCGGCCAGCCCCACGCUGCCCGACGACGCGCUCAUUCCGCCCACGGCCGUCGAGAACGCCGACCGCCCCAGCACCACCAGCAACAACCUCAGCGCGUCGACCAGCUCGACGGCUACGACGAGUAUCGUCAGCGGCGGUGGACCUAGUGCGAACAAUACCCCGGCUGGCAACAGCUUGCUCGCCGCGCCGUUCGAGAGCCACUACAUUCAAAUGAAUGGCAUUACGUUGUCAGAUGCCGCGGCACCUGUGCUCGGCAUCGACCUCGGGAAGAACGGGUUGCUGUUCUCCGGUGGAAGUAUUACCGGUGGGCCCGGUGGUCCGAAGGGCGUGGCCGCCGCUACGGCUGCGGCGGCGGCGAAGAGCGGGGGCCCGGUAUUGGCGGUGCACGAGAUCGAGAAGGAGUUGAACCUCGAGAAGCAGCGUGCGAACGAGUACACGAAGAAGCUGAAUGCUGCCAUCAAGCGGAACAGGAAGGUUGUUGGUGCGGCGAGUCACUAA